AACUGUCAAAACAUUUGCCGGCAAAAACACGCACGUUCUUAUCUCCCCCAACAACAGUUACACCGAAGCGAAAAAGGGCCGCUAAACAAAGCAAAACGGUUUCGGGCAGCAUGGAUUACACGAGGCGUGUCGAUCUGGUAUCGACCUAUGCGGUACCGGACACCUACCAGCCACCGGAAACAUUACCCGAGCUGGCCAAAAGUACCGACUACCCGAACACGAACUCGCUGCACUACCGUCUCACGAAAGCGGUUCCUUUGCCGGAAAAGAAAUUGCCCCCCUUCCUGGAUCUGGCCACUGUUAGCCGGGAGGGUGGUAAUGUAAUUGUGGCGGGCAAUAACUACACUGGCCGGCUCUGGGAAGGUGGCGUCUGUGGUUGGGACGCGACGGCGGAUCUUUUCCAGGAGGAGAAGAUAAGCUUCAGCCACCGGUGCGAUGCGAUCAUAACGGCACUGUGCUACACGCUGGACGAUGCUUUGUUUCUUUUGGGCAAUGAUAGAGGAUCGAUUGAGCUGUGGUCCACGGGGAAUGCCGUUCGUGGACCCGGCCUCUACAUGAUAGACAAGCGGAACGAACAUAUCGGAUCCAUCACGGCACUGGACAUAUUCAACCACACCGAGCGGACCGUAAUUUCCGGCUCGGUGGACGGUUGCAUCAAGCUGUGGGAUUACAGCCAGGGCGAUUUGCAGUCAACCAGCACGUUCGCACACGCACAUCUUGGUGCAAUUACGUCUGUUGCCACUGACUGCAAGCAGGACGCGUUGGCCGUAAGCUGCUCGAAAGAUCAAUCGGCACUCUUGUGGGACUUCCGGGAACCGAAACCGGCUGUGGCGCUGUACGAUAAGCAUGAUGUCCCGUUUGCCACCGUCCGGUGGUGCGAUGAAGGCGCCUGGAAUCGACUGGUAGCCAUCGGCGAUGAGAUGGGACGUGUGCACUUUAUCGAUACACGGCAACCGAACGUGUUUCUCGAGACGAUACCGUGCUUCGACCGGAAGGUUCACCAAAUAUCAUUCCACGGCAAACAUUUCGCGGUGCUGGGGAACACGCCCGAGGUUAAAUUCUUCGACGACAAAUCGAAGGAAAUUCUGGUAGAGAACAGCGCCUCAAACUAUGUGCGUGAUAUUGUUUGGGAUGCAACAAACGAUAACGACAGGCCCAUUUCCUGCACACUGAUCGGAUGGGAUAGCUAUGUUAAGCGGUUAACGCUGGAGGACCGAGCAGCCGAGUGAGUGAACGGUAUGUGAGAUUGCUAAAAAUGAUUUAAAAAAAAGAGCAAAGAUCGUUAAUAAGCAGACAAAAAAAUAUUCUCUAAAA